AUGGACAGCGAGCUUGACGCAGCCUUUAAGUCCGGGCCUAGGCUUGCCAGAGCCGCAGGCUCAAAGAGUCUGGCGCAGAAAAAAAGGGGGAAAGAUGCGCCGUCCACAGUAGCUGAUUUUGCGUCUAUUUCUGCGGCCGCUUCCCAGGAGCUCGCCUCGCCCGCGGCGGCGGCCGAUUCUGCAACCUCUGUUGCUUCCCCUUCUUUUUCCAGCCUCGGUCUCUGCGCGGAGCUCUGUGCGUCGGUGUCGGCUCUGGGGUGGCGGUCGCCGACGCCGAUUCAGGCCGAAGUGCUUCCAUACGCCUUACGGGGCCGCGACAUCAUCGCGCUGGCGGAGACGGGGAGCGGGAAGACCGCGGCCUUUGGUUUGCCGAUCCUGCAGCAGCUCCUGCACCACACACAGAGAUUCUACGCGCUGAUCCUGGCACCCACACGCGAGCUCUGCCUGCAGAUCUCUCAGCAAAUCCUCGCCAUGGGCGGAACCCUUGGCGUGACCGUCGUGACGCUGGUUGGCGGACUUGAUCACAACACGCAGGCCGUCGCGCUCGCGAAGAAACCGCACGUCGUCGUCGGCAGUCCCGGGCGCGUGGUAGACCACCUGCAGCAGACGAAGGGCUUCAGUCUCAAGAGCGUGAAGGUGCUGGUGCUGGACGAGGCGGACCGAUUGCUGUCUCUGGAUUUCGACGCCGCCCUCCAAGUUCUGCUCGAACACGUGGGCAGCCCUGCGGAGCGACAGACGCUGCUCUUCAGCGCCACCAUGACCACCAAGGUCUCGAAGCUGCAGAAGGCCUCGCUGAAGAAGCCUGUGAAGCUGGAAGUCAACAGCAAGUACGACGUGGCUUCGCAUCUGCAGCAGCACUUUCUGCUCGUGCCCUUCAAGCUGAAGCACACCCACCUCGCGGCGGCGCUCCUGCAUCUCUCUCCUUCGUCUGUCAUCGUCUUCACCAACACAUGCUCCAACGCUCGGAAGACCGCCCUCUUUCUCCGCCACCUCGGCUUCCAGUCGGUGUGCCUCCACGGGAAGAUGACGCAGCCCCAACGCAUCGGCGCGCUGACCAAGUUCCGCGCGGCAGAGACGAGUUGCCUCGUCGCGACGGAAGUCGGCAGUCGCGGUCUCGAUAUUCCUCACGUGCAGAUGGUUGUGAACUUCGACGUCCCGCUCUCUUCCAAGGAGUACAUACACCGCGUCGGGCGAACGGCGCGCGCUGGGCGAAGCGGGCGCGCGCUCACGAUCGUGACGCAGUACGACGUCGAGGCAUAUCAGCGCAUCGAGCACGCGCUGGGACAGAAACUCGAGGAGCUGACAGAGCUGACCGCCACUGAGAAGGUGAUGCCUCUCCACGAAAAAGUGCUUGAAGCCUUGAGGUCCGCUGAACUCGAAGCUCGAGAAGCUGACGACGCUGCACUCGUCCAGAAGGCGGCCAAAAAGAAGCGAAACGGGGGCAAAUCCGGCGGGGGAGGCAAGAAGAGGAAACUCGGCUGA